CACUUGCUGUUGGCAAAAGAUAUGGAUUGACAUUUAUUCCUGCAGGGCCUUAUGGUUUCAUAUUUGCAGCACUUUAUCAAUUUUAUAAAAUAAUUCCACCUAGUAGUCACUACACUUUUCUUGGCAUUAAUAUUAGUAACAAGGCAUCCGUAUACUUUCUGACCGCUUUACCGUCACCUUCAUCACUCGUUGCAGCAGUGUGUGGGAUUUUGGCAGGAGCAAUAUAUCGAAGUAAUUUACUAAAUAUGAAAGAGUGGCGUUUACCCCAGUUUAUUAAUCGAUUUGCAUCGAGAUUUAUUUUACCUAUAUUAUCGACAACGCCGCGUCGUCGUUCACCAGCAAUAGUACUGGAUCAAAGUCAAAGGGCGCAUGUAGUACAGGAUAGAGGAAGAAUUCCAUCUCCUGCAUCAUCUGUAAUUCGGCAACCAACUAUAAAUGAAGAGCAUGUAGAUAAUUUGCGAUCGAUGUUUCCGCAACGAUCGCAGGAAACUAUAACACGUGCACUUCUUCUAUCUGAUAAUGAUAUCAAUAGAGCAGUUCAAUUCCUACUUGAUCAUCCAUAA